UAAUUUUGGGUGCGCGGAUGGUACCCCAAAAUAUUAUUAAUCAAAUAUCCCCAGCCUUGAGAGGCAUGUCAAGCCGACAUGUAACGGUUAGAAUUUCGAAAUAUUAAGCUCCGUUGCGCUCUCUCUCUGGCGCGCUCUCUCUCUCUCUCUCUCUCUCUCUCUCUCUCAAUGUCUAGUCGCGAAAUUCAGCUCACCUUGUACCCCGCGGCCCCGGCUCCUCCCCUUCCUCCGCCGCCGUCUGGUGUAGGGAUCUUGGAAGUCCACGUCACACGGUUGUUCCGGUGGCGGCAUCACUCAGCCGACGGCCGCGUCACCGUCACCGAAGGGGGCAAUAGCCCGUCUCAUGAGCUGUGGGGCCAGUGUCUGCUUCCCCGGACUGUCCUCCCUCGGCCGGCGCUCCUCCGCAGACUUCUCUUCAAUUUUCUUCGAAGCUUUGAUCUGGACGGGGACUUCCUUGAGUUUGCUGCGCAACGAAUAUUGGAGCGGGUGGCCAUGGAGAUGGCGGCUGGGACGACGAGGGGGGGAUGGGGACUGGUGGCCUUCCUGGAGUUGAAUACGGUGGCGGACAUUGAUGCAGAAGCCGAGAUCACGGAACUUCUCUCGGAGGUGCAAAGGGCAAUCGACGCCGCCUUCGACGAUCCAUCACCAUCAGAAGGGCCCUCUGCUAAUAAUCUGAUUCAGAGCGUGAAAAGGGAGAUCUAUAGGCGGGCCAAAGUGAUUGAAAAAGGGAAAGAAAAGAAGGGAGAGGCGGAGGCAGAAAGAGAGGGAAAGGGAACAGAGGAAGAAGAAGGAGUGGUCUGCGCGGUGUGUUUGGACGAAAUAGAAGACGGUGCGGAGUGUAGCAGGCUUGGCUGUUCUCAUCUAUUUCAUUAUGAUUGCAUUCUUCCCUGGCUGCAGCGACAGCAUGAUUCCUGUCCCAUGUGCCGAUGUACGAUCCAUUAGCUUCCUAUUUUUGUGUAUUCUCGUCUCUUCUUCCAGUUACGCUCAUGACCUUAGGAUUUUCUUUUUCUUUUUUCUCUUCAAAAGGAGUUUAUUCUGAAUCAUCUACUUUCAGAUUUUUGAACAACCCUUCAAAUUCGGAUCAAUGUCGAAUACUAUUCUGCAA